CGAGAGAACACGCGCGUGAGCAGGCGCGCGCUCCAUCACGAACUAUGAGCUUACGUACGAGAUAGCGCCGUCAUCGUGUCUCAUCACUGUGUAAGAUCUCUCACAAACAUUACGCACACUAGCGAGGAGCAACAUGGUCGCGUUCGUGUUGCUGUUACUAGCGGCAGUCGCCGGCCUGAGUGCGGCAGAAGAUCCUAAUUACUACAUCGGCACGGGGAUCUAUGACAUCACAGGACCCGCCGGAGGGAUACCGAUGAUGGGAUAUGCCAAGCCGGGUCAACUGACUGGAGGAAUUCACUUAAGGCUGUUUGCAAGAGCUUAUGUGGUAGCCGAAAUGAGGAAUAUAAAUAGACGCACGGUAUUCGUGAGCUGCGACAUGGGAAUGGCUUCCCAGCUUGUCACUAUGAAGGUUUUCAGCAAAUUAAAGACGUUGUUCGGAGCAGAUAUGUACACGAAAGAUAACGUCGUGAUCAGUGGGACCCACACGCACUCGGGACCAGGUGGAUACCUGCAGUAUGCGAUGUACGGCAUCUCUACCAUCGGAUUCAUCCGGGACAGCUUCGACAUUAUCGUCGACGGAAUAGUCGAGAGUAUUCGCUUGGCGCAUCACGAUUUGCGUCCGGGAAGCAUAUACUAUAACGAAGGCGAACUGCUCCUAAGUAACAUCAACCGAAGCCCCACCUCUUACGUACUGAAUCCAAAGUCAGAACGCGCCAGAUAUAAUUAUGAUGUGGACAAGACCAUGUGGAUACUUAAGAUGGUGGAUGGCGCUGACGACCCAAUUGGAAUAAUUACAUGGUUUGCAGUUCAUCCAACCAGCAUGAACAAUUCGAAUCACCUGAUCAGUGGCGACAACAAGGGUUACGCUUCCUACCUCUUUGAACAAAAAAUGAAUCCUGGUAAAAUGCCAGGGAAAGGAAAGUUCACUGCGGCGUUUGCGUCGAGUAACCUUGGCGACGUAUCACCGAACACGGCUGGCCCGCGCUGCCUUGAUACCGGCGAACUAUGCGACCUGCUGACUAGCACCUGCAACGGAAAGCAUAAUCCAAUAUUUUCUGUCCACAGGAUGGACAGCAACUGCGUCGCGCUCUGGACCCGGUGGGCCGACGACGACAGCUGGACGCCUGCGUCCAUCGAUUUCCGUCAUCAAUUCGUCAACAUGAGCAACGUCGAGGUGGAGGUCUCUCCCGGAGAAAUGGCAAGAACGUGCGCUCCGGCUAUGGGAUACAGUUUUGCGGCUGGUACGACUGACGGACCAGGAAGCUUCAACUUCACGCAAGGUACGACGGAAGAAAACGAGUUUUGGUCAAGCAUCGUGGACGCAAUUGCGCCCCCUAGUGAGCAGCUAAAAGCAUGCCAGGCCCCAAAGCCUGUUCUGCUUGCGACCGGAGAGAUAUCCUUCCCCUACGCGUGGCAACCGUCUAUAGUAGAGAUACAGAUGUUGCGCAUUGGCCAGUUUGUUUCUGACGGCAGUCCUGGAGAGUUUACAACCAUGUCAGGAAGGCGUCUUCGGGAGUCCGUUGCCAAGACGCUCGUGAACAAUGGCUUUCCAGAAGAUACGAAGGUUGUGCUUGCUGGACUCUCAGGAACUACUCCAGUACCUAGACGGUUUGAGGGAAGUAUCAGGGGUGCACAGCGAUACGAAGCCGCCUCUACAAUCUUCGGACCUCAUACGCUCUCUGCCUACAUGAAAAACUUUAUUCUGAUGGCCGAAGCAAUGAGCAAGGGGGAGGCAGUUGAUCAGGGACCCAAUCCGCCUGAUCUGGAAGAAAAUCAGUUAGAGCUCUUGCUAUUAAAUAGAACACACGAUUCCAAACCGGUCAACACUAAUUAUGGAGAUGUACUGGAAGAUGCCAGUGAUACAUACAUAGCGGGCGAAAGUGUCGUCGUAAAGUUUCAGUCCGGACAUCCCCGGAACAAUGCCAAGGAUAUGAUCGGUGGAACGUACAUUACCGUAGACAAUCACCCAGCGAAUGGUGGUAGCCCUGUAACGGUGAAAACAGACGCGCACUGGGAUACCACCUUCUCCUGGAAAGUGACAAAGAGAGACAUCCUAACGCGGGGCAAGCAGAGCGAGCUGACGGUGACGUGGAAUAUUCCGAUCGACACGCCCCCUGGUGCAUACAGCAUUACGCACUACGGCCAAGCUAGAACCUCUUCAAUAAUUGGAGGCGAGGUGACCAUUGAUUACCAGGGUACGUCAAAGACGUUCCAGGUGGUAUCCGCCCGUCGUCCAGCCCACACCUCGAACCUGUAGUGUGAACUGCACCACCUACUUAACUAUUGAAGCUCUAUUAAAAAUGCCUGUUUUUAAUUUAACACCGUACGAUGCGUAUCAGUUCCGUGUAUAUCACCAUCGGUCGACAUGCAUAAUAGCUCGUUUUAUGUUUACUAGCGAUAUUAUACAUUUUACGUUAUUAUACAAUCAUUAUACAAUUGCACUCAGCUAUAAGCUCAUGCAAAAUUGUUGGCAACGGAGAACGAGAGCAUUUGGGGAGGGGAGCGGGAUUUGUUCGCUGAAUAUCUAUACUAUAAUUGGGAUUAAUACACGCAGCAAAUGAAUAUACAGUGACAUGUAAGUAACUGGACAGUUUCGAGCUUUGGAAUAUCCGGUAACGCAACUCCUGGUAAGCGAUACUAUUAUAAAGACCCUGUUUUCAAAUUA